AUGGCAACUUUUGCUCAGCUAUGGCUUACAGCACUUCUCGAGUUCAAACAUCGGAUAAUCGAUCCUGAAAGCGUCUUGGCCAGCAAUUGGACCAUCUCCAGCUCUGUCUGUAACUGGUCUGGUGUUUCAUGUGGUGUCAUCCAUGAAAGAGUUGUUGCUUUGAAUCUUCCGGAUAUGAAUCUCACGGCCGUAAUCCCUCCUCACCUUGGAAACCUUUCAUUUUUGGUAUCUCUUGAUCUUAGCGGCAACAGUUUUUAUGGUCAUAUGCCUCGAGAAUUGGGACAACUGCAUCGUUUGAGGCUCAUGGAUUUAAGCUUCAACGGUUUUAAUAGCGAAAUCCCUUCUAGUAUAGGCAAAUGCAGCAGCCUGCUAAGUUUGAAGUUGUAUUAUAAUGAACUCAGUGGCGUUAUGUUAGGUGAAAUCCCUGAAGAAAGCGGCAAUCUUCUUUGUCUGGAGACACUAUUCAUGCAACAUACGAAAGGUCUUACAGGUCGAAUUCCGACUUCCAUCUUCAACAUUUCUACUUUAAUAGUUAUCACUUACUCCAACGAUAGCCUAUCAGGUAAUUUACCUGAUGAUCUAUGCCGUCAUCUUCCGAUACUCAGAGAGCUUUACUUGUAUGGUAAUAAGUUAUCUGGCAACAUUCCUUCAAGUAUAAAUGAGUGCUACAGCCUUCAACUCUUGGAACUAUCAGCAAAUCGAUUCACAGGGCUCAUUCCGAAACGUAUUUUCAAUUCAACCACGCUCCAAGCAAUCCAUAUCUUUGACAACAAUUUGGAAGGUACCAUACCGCCCUUGACCAAUGCUCCAAUGCUUUGGCGUCUUCAAUUGUGGGGAAACAAACUUAGUGGAAACAUUCCUAGCUCUAUCUCCAAUGCUUCCAUGCUCGAGAUUUUCGACGUAGGAGAUAACUUUUUAUCUGGCCUAAUUCCGAAGACGGUUGGCAACCUAAGACAUCUUGAAAUACUUCAAGUUGCAAACAAUCAUUUGACCACAAAAUCUGCAACUCAUGAGUGGAGCUUUCGUUCUUCUUUGGUGAAUUGUAAGAAUUUGAAUCUUCACGUGAAUUCGAACGACUUGAUUUCCACAAUACCUUCAACUUUGUGGGAUCUUAAAGAUAUCUUAGAAUUGGAUUUUUCAUCAAACUACCUUAACAAUUCACAUACUCCUGAUGUUGGACAUUUCAGGAGUUUGCUACAUUUGAAAUUAUCAAGAAAUCUACUCACGGGUGAUAUCUCAUCUACGUUUGGGGGUCUUCAAACUUUGGUUACAUUAGAUUUAUCUAAUAACAUAUUCCAUGGUCAUAUCCCCGGAUCACUUGGUGGCUUGAUUAGUCUGGAGUUCUUGGAUUUAUGCAAUAACAAUCUCUCUGGAGUCAUUCCCGAAUCUCUUGAAAAGCUUUCGUAUCUACUCUAUUUUAAUGUAUCUUUCAAUAGACUCGAAGGAGAAAUUCCUACCAAUGGAUGUUUCACAAGCUUUUCCAGAAAAUCAUUCAUGGAGAAUUAUGCACUUUGUGGUCCACCUAGGUUGCUAGUCCCACCUUGCAAGGGUAGCAUUCACAGAAAUUCCAAUAAGACCAGAUUGCAUGCUUUAAGGUAUGGUUUACCAACAAUUGGCAUUGUACUAUUUCUAAUAGUCUUGAUUGUUAUGUACCGAAGAUGCCAGAGUAGGAACACAACUCGACUGGUUAAAGAUGAUUUACUGUCUUUGGAAAUAAGGAGGAGAAGAAUUUCACAUGCUGAAUUUUCACAGGCAACUGGUGGAUUCGAUGAAAGCGAGAUGCUUGGUUUCAGGAGCUUCGGAUAA